CAAAAGCAGUCGAUACAACAACAAAAUCUUUUAAGUUUUCUACAAUCAAAAGGUGUAAAGUGAAUCUUAAUUGUCAAAUUUUGCGUAGUAGGCAGACGGAAGUGUUUUUUUUGGUGAAAAUGGACGACCAUGGUAUGAUACCCUAUGAAAUAUUUCAAAAUAUGAUACGGGAAUUAUUUUUAAUUAUGAAACAAGCGCCGUUUACCAGAGUUUAUAUCUCUGAAUAUAAUAGCUGGUAUCCAGCUAAACUUAUUUCAUUCCAAGCAGGAAUAAGGAAGGAAAGCGAAAAUUCUUUAUUCGAAUCGUGGCCUUUUCUAUCAUUUGCAAUGCUUUUAAUUCACGAAAAAAGAGUAGUAGAAGUGUAUGCAGAAGAUGUUCAAAUAUCUACGAAUCAUGUUAAUCAGAGUGAUUUUGUAAAGUUUGCCGAUAACAUUCACGAAAUAUUUAGAGACAAAUUCUUAGACAAAACCAUAUAUUUAAAUUCUGGAGAUAUUUUUCAGCUAAACGGUACAUUUGAUGGAGUUUACCCUCUACAUGUCGUAAUUGAGAGAUUUUCCCAAAGUAUAUGUGAAAUGGAAUGUAAAUUCUUUUUCAGGAGCAUUCUUAAUCCUCAAAUAACGGGACAUUUCCUGCCAAGCGGCAUUCAUAAACGUGAUCUGUAAGAAGUGAGAUAAAAAUUACCUAAUAAAGUCGUAGCAUAUUCAUAAUUCGAAGGAAAAUUUGUGAAAAUCGGUCAUUUUCUGCAGUGAAUUGAGAAUUUCAU